UCCUGUUCCUUUUCUGCUGGCAUGCGGCAUCUUCCCCGGGGUAGGCUGGGAGCCACAGUCCAGGAGGCAGAUGGGCCAUCCUUGAGAACAGUCCCCAAAGCUGAUCAUCCUUUGAGCUCAGCCCUUGGGCUGCGGAGUGGCAGGGAGCUUCUGAGGCUCUUCCCUCUAUCCAGGAUUAGAACAUCUGUGCUUCGGUGCGUUCUCCACCACUUUCUCACUGAGGCCCGCGGUCUUCCAGUGUAGUGAUCAGAGCCCCCCAGCUCCCAGGGAGGCCCCACCAAGGGCCGAGGGCCGGCUGUAUGAGACCCUGAAGGCCAACACGUGCUCCUGCAGUCUCUCUUCCUUUCUUGGUGAAGGUUUGGGCAGGACGCCACUUCUGACUGGCACUGCUCCCAGCCUGCCUCAGUUGCCUGGCAACGGCUCCGCGUCUCCUGCUGAGGACACACGAUGGCGGGUGGUAGCAAUCCAGCAGCCAAGAGGGUGGUGAUAUACCGGAACGGGGACCCCUUCUCCCCAGGUCGCCAGCUGGUGGUGAGCCAACGCCGCUUCCCCACCCUGGAGACCUUCCUGCGCGAGGUGACCUCGACUGUGCAGGCCCCGGUGGCUGUGCGGGCCCUCUAUACGCCUCGGGGUGGCCACCCUAUCACAGACCUGGCUGACCUGCAGAACGGAGGGCAGUAUGUGGCUGCUGGCUUCGAAAGAUUCCGCAAGCUGAGCUAUUUACCCCCCGGACAGAAGGAUCCAGGUGGGAAGAGCAGCAGACUACCAGGUCCUCCCGUGACUCACCACCCAGGGGAUGGGACCCUUGGACCGCGACCACUUGCACGUUCCCCCUGCUAUAUUCGUGUGUUCAGGAAUGGGGACCUGGUAAGUCCCCCAUUUAGCCUUAAGUUGCCCCAGGCUGCUGGCGAGGACUGGGAAGCCGUGUUGAAGCUCCUGACUGAGAAGGCCAAACUGCGGGCCGGGGCUGUGUGCAAACUCUACACCCUGGAGGGGCUCGCAGUGUCAGCAAGAGAUGCUCUGAUGCAUGGCCAUUAUUAUGUGGCGGUUGGAGAGGAGGAAUUCAAGGCCCUCCCCUAUCUGGAGCUGCUGGUGCCCAGCCCCUCUCUGCCCAGGGGCUGCUGGCAACCCCCAGACCCAAAGUCUAAGCCCCACAAGCCACAGCUCCCACAAGCACCCGGGGCAUUCAAGCUUGGCCUGGCAGGAGAGAAGACAAGAACAAUCAUCACCCACAGUCCAAGCCCAGUAUGCCCUCUACAGGCCCAGGGCCACAGGGUGCAGGUGCCCCAGCCCUCUCCAAAAGAGCCAAGCCCCACUGAGCCAUCUGCCUUCUAUGCCAGACCCCAGCAGGCCAUUCAGCCAAGCAGCAGGCUCCCCACGCUCUCGUUUCCAUCAGGAGGCAAGGGAGUGUAUGAGGCUCCCCACCCGAGGAAGGAGGCCGCAGGGGCCCAGGAAGUGGCAGAUGAUGAAGACACCUGCACGGAGGAACCCUUGGAUCAGAAGACAGCACAGAUGGUGGAUGAGGCCCUGGGCCUGGAAAAGCAGCCUGGGGCUGGGGCAGCAGUCUCAGCCUCAACCCCGUCUCUGCCAUCCUGGGAGUCAGCAGCUCCGGCCAGGAACUGGGGCGGCCACUCUGCAGCCUGUUCCAGGGGACCCAGCACCGCCCCUGGGCUCACAGGAUACCUGGCAGCCCCCUCGGCUCCACCCCACUCUUCUGCUCCUAAAUCUAUAGCCCGGUCUUCUCUUCCUUCUGAGCUGGGCCGCCCUAGCCAUGGAGGCCAUGUUCCCAAGGGGUUCUCCAGCCAGAGACAGGAGGAACGCGCUGAGCUUGGGGAAGAGGCUACAACCAUGGGAGCAGGUGUGCUGUGCUAGGAGAGUACUCGCUGUCCUCCAUCCAUUCCGUGCAGAUUUAUUUGGGGCUACCCCUCACCAGUCACCAUGACACAUGGCAGAAGUGAUGCCGGGCGGGGGCCCCAGGCUGUCUGUCUGAGGGGGGCAGGCGGUUGAGGGCUCCCACCCACCUCCUAGGUGGGCCAAGCCAGGCCACAGGCUGCUCGUGUCCUCUACACCUGCCAAUCUGUAGUCCCUUCUUCCCCUUGGGUCCCCGCCUCAGCCAGCCAAGGCCGCUGACAGCCCUGACGCCUCCUGUUUGCAUCUCACUCAGCCGGUGGCUGUCUCCACACUGUCCGUGGACCCUGCUGCUGGAACAGUCUGGAUCAGGCUGUAGUGACAGUGACUGGGCUGGGGGCCUGACACGACAGCACCGGGAGAGCUGCUGUGGCAGAGGGGUUGCUGGGGAGGUAUGAGGUCUCUGGUGGCAAAUCCAAGCAGCCGAACAGCUCUUUCACUGCAGUUCUCCUGCGAGAGCCACCUCGAGGUAGCUACCAGCCCCGUAAGAGGUGAGGCGUCGAGGCUCAGAGUGAGAGGUGCUGGGUCCAUCUGCUUCCCUGGCUGCACCUCCCGGGUCAGGGGCUUCCUGGACACAACAGGGCUGGAGGGUGGCGUGGGUCCCCUCAAAGGGCAGACAGCUGCUCCUGGGUCUUGCUCACAGAGCUCGUGACACAGAGUGCAAUCCCCACCAUGGUGAGCACCAUGCCUGUGAAUGCUCCUGCGGGGACAGGCAGAAAUCAAGGGACUGAGCCCAGCCAUGCUAGGAGGAGCUGGUGCAGGGCUGAGGGACCAGUGCAGAGGGAGUCUAUCCCCGGAAUGCCCAGGUGAAGGAAACUCGGAUGGCCAUAAGGAAGCAGGAGAGCUGCCGAGGAAAGGGGAUGGAUGGGGAAAGAUCCUCCUCUCUCCUGCCCAUAGGAGCUGGCUCUGGGGAAGGACUAAUUGGGGUAGGGAGGCCCAAGGAGUGCCUACCCACACUUGCAGUGGCCUGACUUACCUUUUCCACCGAUAUCCUCUCCGAGGAACUUCCCGACAAUCAGUGUGAAGACAAUGGCCAGAGAGUUACUGAUGGGCACGGCUAGGGUCAGAUCUGAAUGAUCAGAAUAAAAAAAAUCUCUGAGAUGCCGCAAAA